GGUAGUGGAAGGUUUCUAUAGAAUCGGAUGCAUUUUCUCGAGCGUACUUUAGUGACAUUCUAACCGUGAGACAGUAAAGAUUUACAGGAGAGAAAGAGUUAAACAAAGUGAAUAAAUCGUGUUCUUCAAGCAGCUGGUUUUGUUUGUUGACUGCUUCCCACGUUCACAGGACAGGCACAGCGACAAACAAAAGCUGCAGAUGCACCCGUGAGCUGUUCGAAACCGUUGCCAGUGGGUGAUUUGAAAUUGAUUGGCCAUUACACCAUCGUUUGCUUUUGUUGGCUGUGAAGUAUCAGUAAAUUGCAGGAGUCGUACAGAGGUACUGGCUGGAAGGAACUGCACAAUGUAUUCUAGCACCGUUUCGGACGGCAGUGGAGCAUUGUUCCAUUGUUCGGAACUGACGCCACGUGCACCCUAUCGGAGAGAGUUUGACGAGAUGGAAGCUCGCAUCCGGAAGUGUGAGCGACAGCGGGCAGAAUUGGAAAGACAGUUUGAGGAGCUAAUGCGCGAACGGACCGAAUGCGAAAAGGCUACGGUGCGGGCGAUGAAGCAACGACAACGACGUCAGCAGGAGGCAGAAAGGCAGCGAGCCGAGCGGAACGAGAGCAUUCUUCGAAUGUUGAAUAAGAUCGAUCAACAGGCGGCUUCGCUGGCGGCGAAAACGGAUCGAUUGAAGAUGUUAAAGACACAGUACGAAAUGUAUCUGAUGCGUACCUGGUCGACAUCUUCUGGACUGGCAUUACCGGCCGCUUACGGUGUUCCGAUGAUAACGGCUCCUCCAGCAAUGCUUACGCCACUGCCCCAAAGUCCAGCAAAAUCAUCAACGAAAUCAGAAUUUGUCCAAUACCUGUCCGACCUGACGCAUCUGCAAACGGCCAACGUAAACUCAAUUCCACCGCCGAUGGCUUUGAGUAACUACCUUGCAUCACAACAGAAACCGUACGGAAUGGCAUCUACCUAUGCAGCGUCACUAGAGCGUCCAUAUUCUAGAGCGUAUACUAGUAGUGCCCCAAUUGAGAAUGACUGUUUGAUGGUGAAUAGUGGAGCCGGAACGUCCCAAAGCACCACCGUCGGUGGUAUACAGCCGAAAAAGUUCACAAUGUCCAACGAAGACUUUAUUCGCUACAUCGACAGUGAGGUACUGAAGGAACCAAUACCGACGGUUAGCAUCGUUGCACCUUCGCCCUUUGAAUCGGAUCAGGUGAAACAGUCUGGUGGAGCAUAUCUUGAAGAUGCCACUAUGAGUGAAGAUGAACCGGUAAGGGAAGUGGCGAAUAAGUUGGAAGAAUUCAGCAUUUUGGUAGAUCCAGACAUUAGGAAGGAUAUAACGGAGGAGCAUCAUAAAGAGGACAUUAAGGUGGUGACAGAGAUGAUUGAAAGAGAUCAUCAAAAUAUGAAAACUCCUGAAACAAUUCAACUAGAGAAAAGAUCUAUGGAAUUACCUACAUUGGUUGAAUCUGUUAAGGACGACAAUGAAACGAAUGUAGAUAUUGAUUUCAAUGCGGGAAACAAAACAUUAGAUGAUAAGCCAGAUGAUCGUACACAUAACGAUAUUCAGGAGAUACUUCAGGAUUCUACAGCACCACCUGAUAAUGACGCUGUAGUUAAUGAAACUGCAAAUGAAGACUAUCAUCAGACAAUUAAUCAGGAAGAGUACAAUGAUACAAAUUUCGAAGCAGAGGUUGUACCAGCGAAUACCAAUGUGGAUUAUGAUGAAACAACUCCUGCUACAGAUCAGCAUUUGUACACUACUGAGCAAACAGAACCCGUACCAUACGACAAUCUACAGUAUGGUGCUUCAAAUGAGCCAAUAUUAAAUCCUGAAGAAACUCCUGAAAUGGAUGCUCAGCAGCUUCCACAACCGGUACAACAGUACGAGUCCAGGAAUCAACACUGGAACACGGCACGACAAGCGUUACGAUCGAAAGCACUUCCAGUGUCAACCUCCAAGCCUCCAUCGCCUGAAACGGGUGUGAGUGAUCAUGUAGCCCCUGAUCUUCAGCAAGGAAUGGCCACAACAGAAUCACACGCUGAAACAUGGAGGAUGGAUCAAGCAGAUGUUCAAGCACCAUACGAAAAUGCUCAGCCAAACACUGUCACACAGAUUGAUGAAUCAAAUGCUACGUAUUCGGAAUACGGGGGAGAACCGAGUGAUGCUUACUACCAAACGGAACCUGCUGCAACUGCUGCUGUCCAAGACGGUGGGGAACAAAAUCCCUCUUCCACCGAUCAAGCAUACAUUAACGGUGCCAUGGGUCAACCAGUAGAGUACCAACACGACGAUGGACAACAAUCAGCUGCCUAUCAGUAUGGGAACAGUCAGGAUCCUGUUGCUUAUCAGGAAGGUCAGUAUGUCGAAGGAGGAACUGCGGGCGAGUCACAGUAUCAGUAUCAAGAAGGGGUUGACCAAACGGGCAACGUGUAUGCGACGCAGGAGCAAUAUCAGGAUCCGAAUCAGCAGUAUCAGUAUGAUCAAAAUGCACAGUACUAUAGCGAUCAACAAGCUUACGAUGCACAGUACUACAACCAAGAUCCACAGCAACAGGAACAGCAACAGCAGCAGCAGCAGCAGCAGUAUUAUAUAAACGAGUCAAACCAACAGCAGAUGGAUCAAAAUCAAGCAGAACAGCUAAAACCGAUGGAGCAAUUUGUUUCUCCAGAACAAAACGACCAACCAUACUACCCAUCUGAUGGACAGUACGAACCUAACGCUAAAAAUGCUGAACCAACUCAACCAAACCCUCCUGAGGGUGGUGAUGUGACGGUCCCCAGCUCCCUAGAACCACCAUUGGCCAAUGCACAAACGGUUGAGACAUCGGCCGUUAUCGAUGCCACGUUGCCGAAAGACAAACAGGAGAAGAAAGCUUCCGACGCUAUAGUGCAACAGGCCACUCUCGAGCAAAAACCCUCCAGAAAAGAAGGAGUCGAUCCGGGAUCCGAUGCGCCAACGCUGAGCACCGUCAACGAUGAGAGUGAUUUUGAUUUCUCCUCCCAGUGAUAAGCACGCGGGU